AUGGAAAAGCUGAAAGGGUGGAAAAAGUUGACUCUUUCACAAGCAGGGCGGGAGAUCCUUAUAAAGGCAGUGGCACAAGCUAUCCCGGCUUACCCAAUGAAUUUGUUUAAGUUCCCUAAUUCGUUUUGUCAGGAAAUGGACGCUUUGAUUUCGAAGUUUUGGUGGGGACAAAAACAAGGGGAAAAUAGGAUUCAUUGGGUUUCUCGUGAGAAAUUAGGGCGAUCAAAGGAAGAUUGUGGUAUUGGGCUGAGAAGCUUUACAUUGUUCAAUGAUGCCCUUUUAGCCAAGCAGUGUUGGAGGCUGAUUGUGGAGCCAAACUCCCUAUGGGCAUCGGUUCUAAAGGCUAGGUACUUCCCGAAUUGCUCUUUCCUCAAGGCUAAGCGGGGUGGUAGAGCAUCGUGGAUUUGGUCUAGUCUCCUAGCUGGAAGGGAGAUCCUUCGCAAUGGUGCUCACUGGCAGAUUAUGGAUGAUAAUGAUACUCGGGUAUGGGUGGAUAGAUGGCUCACAUCUCUUCCCUUAGGGAAACCUCUCCCUCUGGGACCGGUGCAGGUUUCUAAAAACUUAAAAGUCAAAUCUUUAAUUUGCCAGGAGAGUAGGGGAUGGGACAUUGAUUUUUUGAAGCCUUUCUUAGUGGAUGCGGAGUUCGCAGCGAUAUUGGGGACAAUAACUGGAGACCCGUUGCUUAAAGAUAGGCUGAUUUGGCUCUAUGAGAAAAGGGGAUCCUAUUUAGUAAAAGCGGGUUACUAUUGGUGCUUGACCCAUAGCAGUGGGAGGAUCCCUCCGCCCAGUUUGGCCACCAACUGCCCCAGGGCGCUCUGGAAAAUCAUCUGGAAGCUGGAGACACCACCGAAAAUCUGA